AUGAGGUGUGUGUUCAAAUCCGGCCACUCAGCCAACUACAACAUCUCCUCGGAGCCCGCAUUUCACGCGGGAGCCUGGGCAGUCCACAACGCCACUCGAAGGACCACAAACGACCCCGUGUCUGUGUUCACCUUUGACAAGAAAAAGUUUGAAUCAUUCUGCUCGAAAAACGGACUCAAAAACAGCAAGGGAAGUGACGAAAUUUAUUCGAGACUGCGAAACGAAGCCACCAAUCUCGCCAGAUUACGACACCCAAACUUCCUGCGGAUCGUGGAACCUCUCUACGAGGGAAAGAGCUCCCUCAGCUUUGUCACUGAACGAGUGGAGACCUGUAUCCGAGCCAAGGUCGAGGCUGAUGCGUCACGUGACUCGAGGUCUACACGUGACCAUAUACCUCCGGAGUUGUCACCUCUUGUGAUUCAGAAGGGUCUUCUGCAAGUCUCUGAGGGUCUCAAGUUUAUGCAUGAAGACGCCAAGAUGGUGCAUAUGAACCUCAACCUCAACACGGUCUUUGUGGACUCCCUCGGAGACUGGAAGCUCGGAGGAUGUGGAUACGCAUGCGAGGUGGCGGGUUCUGAAUCACGUGACUUCUUUAUCCCGCAGUUUGACGCUAGGUAUCCUCGUUUCGUGCAGAUCAAUCUGGAUUACUCUGCACCUGAGCUGGUUCUCGACAAGAACCUCGAUUUUUCGGCCGAUGUCUUUUCUCUGGCGUGUCUGGCCAUCACUUUGUACAACUUCAAGUCUCCUAUUGACUCGAAUAACAACUACAACAACUACGAAGAGGACGUCAAGAGCCUAGGUUCUUUUUUGAGAAAGCCCAACAACACCACCAAGAUUCCAGCUUCUUUGAUUGAGAUUCUCCCCAAGCUUUUGACCCGGUACCCCACCGAUAGGUACCCUAUUCAGGCUAUUCUCUCAGCCAACUUCUUCAACUCUUUCCUUCUUAAGUCGUUGAAGUUCAUUGACGAAUUCUCCGGCAAGACCGAUGAAGAGAUUGAAGCCUUCAUUCCCCAGUUCAUCAAAAUCAUUCCCGAGUUUCCCUUUGAGAUUCUCAAGAACAAGAUUCUCAAGAUUCUGAUCUCGUCGCUGAGCCACGUCAGCGAGGCCAUCAUGGCGUCGCUUCUGCAUGUCAUCUUUCUCAUCUCUGCUCAGCUCUCGUCUCUGGACUUUUGCAAGAUUAUUCUCCCGAUUCUAAGCGACAAUGAGAAGUUGCAACAAAACUCAGAUGUGCAAAAGGUGGUCCUGGAAGAUCUGGACAUCUUUUUGAAGAACCUCAACUCCAAGGAGAUCGAGAAGACGAUUCUGCCUUUCUUCUUUAUCAUGUUCGACAACGCUGGCGCCCCCGAAGUGCAGGAGAAUGCGCUGUUCAAGUGCCAGAAGGAUAUUCUAGAGAAACUGGACUUUCCCAUCAUCAAAAACAAGAUUUUCCCUAAGAUUGGUGAAGUCUUCACCAAAACCACUUCGCUGGGUGUCAAAAUUGCUGCUAUCAAUGCUCUCAAGGAGCUCGUUGUGUCUGGUCUGGAUAAACACAGUGUCACAGAUAAAUUGCUCGGCAUGCUUAAGGCAGUCAAGUCUCGAGAUCCUCGAGUCAUGAUGUCCAUGUUGUCUCUCUACGAGACUCUUGUCAAGAUGCUUGAUGUGGAUGUCAUUGCCAACGAAGUCAUUCCAGUGCUGUGGUCCAUGGCCGUGGGUCCCAAGUACACCGUGGCUCAGUUUGAGAAGUUCAUGACUGUGAUCAAACAGUUCUCUACCAAGGUCGAAACUGAGCAGAAGAAGAAGCUGACGAAUAACGUCGAAGUGCCCAUGGCAUCGAGGGAAGACCUCAGUGCGGGUAUUGGAGGCAUGUCUUCUGGUAUCGGAGGUAUGACCCUGGAGCCUAGCAAGCCUAAUAACGACUUCAUGCUAGACGACGGACCCAGCUUUGUCACCCCUGUCCCUGUCGUCACGCCCAAGCCUUCUAUUCCCUCUUCGAUUCCUGCUCUCCAGGCUCCCAAAAAGCAGAAUGACGACUUUGGCAGCUUUGCCAGUGCAAGCACCUCUAAUAAUAGCUUUGGCAACUUUCAGUCAUCUGUAAAGCCUUCUAUUCCUCCUCUUCAGGCUCAACCACUGCAACCUCUGCAGCCCCAGCCUCUUCAAUCCCAGACUCUGACUGCCAGUAAACCUGCUGCCAACUACAACAUUAACACAGGAUCUACAGGUGGGGGAAUCAACUGGAACAGCGGAAGCUCUGGCGGUACUUCUAACGCUGGCAGCGGUAUCAACUGGAACAGUAACAGCAAUUCCAAUACUGGUUCUAGUAUCAACUGGAAUACGAACAGCUCCAACUCAAAUACUACUUCCAACUGGAACUCCAACCCAAUGGGAAACAACAAUACCAUGGGUAGCAUGAACACUGGGGGCAUGAACACUGGGGGCAUGAACACCAUGAACAACAUGAACAACAUGAACAACAACAUGGGCGGCUCUUUGAACUGGAACACAAACAACAACGCAACCACAAACACAAGCUCUGGUAACAUGAAUUCCAACAUCAACUGGAACGCCAGCAGUGCAAACAACAACAACAGUGAUAGUCUGUUGUAA